AUGCCGACAUCGAGUCAAUCUCAAAUUCUUUCUGUUGUUGAUUAUCAAUUACUUCAACAACAAGCACAACAACAACAACAACAACAAACAGCGAGUGAUCGUUUGGCAUUUGCUCGUCAGUCCCACUUGGAUUAUGCGCACUUCUUAGAACAUCGAUCGCGCGAACUUGUUCAAGGUGGUGUUCUCAUUCUAUCGAUCCCCUCAUGGGAUCGGGCAGAAUCAGCUGUAGCUUCUUCAUCCAUGCACAUGCAUCUGCUUUAUGAAUGUGCCCAAGCUCAUCUGACGCCGCAGGAACUACUUGAGUAUACCAUUCCACUUCAUGUACGUUGGUACGAUGAUUGCGUCGAUCGUGCACUUUUUACUCAAUAUUCGUUGGAAUUGAUCAAAGCAGAACAUGUGGUGAUUAGGUCUCCUUUGAUGCAGCGAUUAAAAGAAGGUACAAUAACUGUGGAUGAGUUUGCUAGGGAACAAGCAUUGAUCAUGCGUAGUUGGACAGAUUCAUCAUUGCAGUGUGCACUGGCGAUGAAUGAAGAGAAGGAGAAGAUCACAAAUCUAUUUUGGACCAUGUACGAAGAACGGGUUAAAGAACAACCUGAGAUGCACCACAGUCCAAUGCGAUCGACCUAUUUAAUUUUACAAAAGAAAUAA